GCGGUUCUCGCGGUUCUCCGGUCCCGGUGCUGGCCGCUCCGCCGGCGUUUAACCCGGGCGUCUCGGUGCGCUCAGUCAACGGCUUGCGAGAGCGCCCCGGGAGCCGGCGGGCGGCGGCCCUCUCCGGGAACCCCGCAGCGGGCCCAGGGGACGAAAGCGGCUCUAGGUCCAGCACAUACACGUUGAAGCAAGGUUAAGGAGUUAUUAUGAAGCACAGGUGCAGAUAGUGCCAAACAGGAAGCAGGUGUCGGGACACAUCGAGUGACUGGGGCGUUUCCCUCUCUGCCUGCUGCCGACAUGGCAGAAAUCAGCCGGAUCCAGUAUGAGAUGGAGUACACCGAGGGCAUCAGUCAGCGGAUGAGGGUCCCCGAAAAACUCAAAGUAGCACCACCAAAUGCUGACCUGGAGCAGGGCUUCCCAGAAGGCGCCCCGCAUGCGAGCGUGAUGAUGCAGGUUCCAGAAAGGAUUGUUGUAGCAGGAAACAAUGAAGAUGCUUCAUUUUCAAGACCAGCCGAUCUUGACCUUAUCCAGUCAACUCCCUUUAAACCUCUGGCACUAAAAACACCACCCCGUGUACUUACACUAAGUGAAAGGCCACUAGAUUUUCUGGAUUUAGAAAGACCUCCUGCCACUCCUCAAAAUGAAGAAAUCCGGGCAGUUGGCAGGCUAAAAAGAGAACGCUCCAUGAGUGAAAAUGCUGUUCGCCAAAAUGGACAGCUGGUCAGGAAUGAUUCCAUGUGGUACAGAUCAGAUUCUGCCCCAAGAAAUAAAAUAUCAAGGUUCCAAGCGCCGAUUUCUGCACCGGAGUACACUGUGACACCAUCGCCACAACAGACUCGGGUCUGUCCUCCCCAUAUGUUACCUGAAGAUGGAGCUAACCUUUCCUCUGCUCGUGGCAUUUUGUCGCUUAUCCAGUCCUCUACUCGUAGGGCUUACCAGCAGAUCUUGGAUGUGCUGGAUGAAAAUCGCAGUGUGAGAAGACAAAAUGAAAUACGUUGUGAAAGACCCGUGUUGCGUGGUGGGUCUGCCGCCGCCACGUCUAAUCCUCAUCAUGACAACGUCAGGUAUGGCAUUUCAAACAUAGAUGCAACCAUUGAAGGGGCAUCAGAAGACAUGACUGUUGUGGACGCCGCUUCGUUGAGACGACAGAUCAUCAAGCUGAAUAGACGUCUGCAGCUUCUAGAAGAGGAAAACAAAGAACGCGCUAAGAGAGAGAUGGUCAUGUACUCCAUCACUGUGGCCUUCUGGCUGCUCAAUAGUUGGCUCUGGUUUCGCCGCUAGAGGUAACUUCAGCUCUCAGAAAUACUGUCUCAACAGCUGGAAAUAUAAAGGAUUUGCAAAUGUCUUUGUUUCUGUCAUUGCAUUGUAUGUCAUUUUACAGACCAGGCCCUGAAAAUGUAUUUCUUGUAGAAUGUAGGUGGGAAGGCCCUCCACCUGUGGAAGUGCAGGCGUGUCCCGUCACGGGCUCGGUGCACUUCUACACAGUUUUGCAGUAAUACCUUCGUAGAAUUCUU